AUGUGCAAAAGCAAGAAAAGAAAUAACGAAGGUAGAGCUCUCCAAAAACACGUAUGUAGAUAUUUGAAAGUGAAGACAGUGAACUUUAAAGCUGUUUUGAAAGAAAUUUUUUAUUUGAAGAUCGAGCAGCCGGCAUAUUGCUACUUAACAUCUCAUUAUGUUCCAUUGACUUGUGUUAUGUUGCAAGAUGCACUUUCUCGUAAUUGUGAUUGCGAUAAAGACAGCAAGAACAAGAAAUAUCAACAACUUGCGAUGAUUCACGAUGACGGAAGGGGAAAACCAUCACAUGAUGAAGAACAUUUAAAACUUCAAAAUGUUGUCGAUGAACAUAUCAAGAGUUUUAUGUGGAAAAAUUGGAACAUCAGAUCAGAGAUACAGAUUUAA